UUCUUUUUUAUUCACUUUUAUCUUCAUUACUUUUUAUCUCUUCUCUGUUACUUUCCCUUUCUCUAAAGCCUUCAAUUCUUCUCCAUUUUCAAAGGCUGAAUCCUGCCUGUGUCUUUUAACUACUAAAGACAUUGUUUGCAUCUCAUUAAAUAUCCUUCUCAGUUUCCUCCUCAACAAACAAUCAUGGCUACCAAAAAGCCCAAAACAGCUUCUACAUGCCUCUUCUUGUUCCUCCUAUCAUUCCUCAGCCUCUCCAUUUCAUCUUCUGGAACUUUAGUGGGACUGUCCUACAGUGUUAAAGGAAACUCAGCAUAUUCAUUUCCUGGUGAAGUGGUUUCUUUCUUGAACCUCAACAAGGCCUCUCCUGGAGUUUCAGUUGAUCUUUACUUGAAUGAAAGCCUUGUUAAGAGUUUGUUGCAUUCCGAAUCGUCUGCAGUUUCAUGGCUCCAUACUCAUGUUGAAACUCUUCUCCCACAUUUUAGUAUAAGAAGCAUAGUAUUAACCAGCAGAAGUGAAAAUUUUUCAGGCAAAGAUGUUUUAGCAAGAUUGAAAGCAUUUCAUUUAGUCCUCAGCAAAGUUCAUCUUGGCAGAAAAGUUAAGGUCUCAGUAGCUUUGUCAUUGUCUUUAUUAGAGAAUCUUAAAACUUCCCAACCCAGAGAUUUGCAGAGAAUUUUUGGGUUUGUGGAGAAAAUUAGAUCUUUUGUUACCAUUGAAGCUUGUAUUGAUGGAGAAUUAGGCUAUGGCUAUCAUUUAGUUCAGUUGAUCAGAGAAGCUAGAUUUAAUCUUCCAAGCAAUGAUGUUCCUGUAAUUUUCACAUUGAAAAGCCUUGUUGCUCCUGGUGCUAGAGUUGCAGCUGAAUUAGUCACAAAAGUUUCAAAAUAUUUAGAAAGCAAGACUGAAUUGUAUGCAGAAGUGUCUUCCCUGGAAGAUUUUCUUCAGGAAAAUCUUAUCUCUUCGCCACGAAGAGAACUUCGAAACAACUUGAAAAUAACUUCACAUGACAUAUUGAAUCCCCCUACAACCAUCUUUCAAACCACUCCUCCAGGAAGUAAUCCUCCUGAUUUUCCUACACCAACAAUUGUUACUGUCCCUGCUACAAAUCCUGUCACUGUAACACCGGCAAAUCCCAGUUUAACUCCUCUUCCAAUUCCCUCCACCACUCCUGUGAAUAUCCCUCCAGCAACUCCUGUAAAUCCUCCAGGGCCAAUCACCAAUCCCACCACGGUUCCAGCACCGAUAAUGGUCCCUGGAGCACAGCCUAUCACAAAUCCUGUAACAACAUAUCCAGCUCCUGCAGGAAAUGUGCCUGUCACAACACCAGUUACCAAUCCUGUAACUCCUCCUGCACAGAUUAAUGCUCCAGCCAUUCCAGGGCAAAGUUGGUGUGUUGCCAGGAGUGGAGCCCCGGAGAAUCAACUUCAGUCAGCUUUGGACUAUGCCUGUGGAAUUGGAGGGGCAGAUUGUUCAUUGAUACAGCAAGGAGGGAGUUGCUAUAAUCCCGAUACUCUUCAAAGCCAUGCCUCAUUUGCAUUCAAUAGCUAUUAUCAGAAGAAUCCUGUGGCAACAAGCUGUGAUUUUGGAGGGACUGCUGUUGUUGUCAGCACCAAUCCAAGUAGUGGCUCUUGUGUUUAUCCAUCAUCAGCAUCAUCUUCAUCAACAUCAUCAAUGACACCACCAUCAACAACUCCAACAACUCCAACAACAACACCAACACCAACACCAAUUGCAACAGCUCCUCCUGCUACCACAACUGCAUCCCCAUUACUACCAGGAGUACCAGGAUCUGUUACUCCACCAACAGUGUUAAAUUCAAGCAGUCCGAACACGGUUUUUGGGUCAGAUAGUCCUCCAGUGGUGAACACAUCAACAACCACAUCAAUUAAGGCACAACACUUGAAGGGCUACUUCACUUUGGUAAUAUCCCUUGUUACCGGAAUCAUCAUUCUACAGGUAUAGAACAAAGAUCAUUGUUGCAGGUACAUUGAUGAAUCAGAAGCUCUCAGAUCCAUCCAUCUCUUCAGGAAAGUUAAGAAACAAGAGGUGAGGUGACUACCAAGAGGCUCAAACGUCUACUUGAAACAUAACAUGUUCUGUACUUGAAAUUAGGCUAAUAUGGUUGUAAAAUAGGAAGUUUUGAUGCCACUGUAUUUGUUUGCUUUGAAUUGAUGUAAAGUUAGUAGUUAAAAUGCUGAGUAUUGCUUGUGAUAAUUGAGUGAUUAAAUAGAUUUUAGAAGUUAAAGAUUAGUGGUGGUUUCAUAGAGAGGUCCAUACUCUGAUAGGGAUGGCAUGGCAUGCACAGUCAAUCAGUCCAAUGGGUGCAUUAUGCAGCUGCAAUUCAUUGUAUUUUAAGUAGCAUUUGGAAUUGUAAUUGUUAGCAAUGUAAAUGUAAUUACCAAUGCAUAAAAAUAUUUAAAAGUUACAUUUCAA